AUGGCCGACGUCGAGGCAUUUGCAGCGCUGCUGCACGAGACCAUUGCACAGAACAAGUUGUCUGGCUCGCGUGUCAAGGCAGUGACCGAAAGCGCGACGAAUGCACUGGCUGAUCCCGCGGGCGUCGCCAAGGCCAUGCUCCGCGCGCACAUGCGCUCGGCGCCAAAGACGAAGUUAAUCUCUCUGUACAUCUUUGAUGCGGUCGCAAGGCAUGCGCAGGAAAUUGCACGCCGCAACGGCGCGGGGUUCUCGGCGCGCAACCGCACCGCCGAUCAGCUCGCGGCAGACGCGAGCGCGUUUUUGCGUGCUGCGCAGGAGCCCGCCGCGGAAGUAGGCAUUGACUGCCUGCGCCAUGCGCCGCCGGAGCAGCGCGAAAAGGUCUUGAAAGUGAUUGAUAUUUGGGGUCGCGCCAAUACGUUUUCGUCGAAAAUCCUGCAGCGCAUCCACGACUACGCCGAUCGCGAGGGGCAGGGCAGCAAGUCGCCUCAGGUAGAACCGCUCGGCCCGCCGGGUCUCCCGGCGAAUGUGCUUGCCAUGCUCGGCGGCGCUGGGGCUGCACCGGCGGCCGGCGGCGCGGCUCCGGCGAGCGCAGCGGCGCCUGCAGCGCCUGCCGCCGCGUCCGUGUCCCCUGUGGCCCCAGCGGCCCCGGCGGGGCCUGCGGCAGCCGCGCAGCGCUCCGCGCGUGGUCCUCCCCCGGGCGGGUGGCCGCCGGGCGGUGGCAGCGCGCAGUCGCGUGGGCCGCCGCCGGGCGGAUGGCCGCCGGGCGGCGGCAGCGCGCAGUCGCGGUCUGCGCCCGUGCAAGAGAAGCCCGUCACCGAGGACCUGCGUGCGUUUGACCAGUCCAAGUUUGAUCCUACGAGGCCCGACGACUGGGCGCGUCUGUCGAAGCUAUGGGAGAAUACGUACAAGUACGAGCCGACGGGCCCCGAACUGAUGAUGGCGCUGAUGUCUGGCAUGCUCUCGAAAGAGUCCGACGCGCGGUGGGCCGGCAUGCCGUCGAUGGGCAUGCCGUCGAUGGGCAUGAUGCCCAUGAUGCCCGGCAUGCCGGGCAUGGCGACGCCUGGCAUGCCGGUGCCCGGUGCGACGAGCCCCCCGCAUGGCGCACGCUCCCCCCCUGCGACAGGCGACCCCCGCCGCGGCCGCAGCUAG